AUGAAGGGCGGCCCACUCCAUGCUUUGGCCGUAUCAUUAGGGCGGAACAGCCCCAAGUAUCCCACGACCCAGAAAUUCGGCCCAGUGUGCGCCUCAGCCAUCCACGGCCAUCCUGGCCCAGGCGACGCGACCGCAACUUCGUCACAACGACACGGUCAGAAUGAUCCGACCGUUUCACCAUCACAAGCGUCGUUGUUUCCAUCAAGACCCCACCCUCAGUACAGUUCGGCCGUUCCAACAAUGACACAUACGCAUCCCAGCCAAACCUACGGCGCUUACCUAAAGCCGCCCGGCUCGGUCGCAACGGCUGAACCCCUUGUUCAAAUGACCCAGCAGAUUGAGCCACAGAAUAAUUUACAACAGGUCCUGCGGCCACUUCCAAUCCGGUUGGAGUUACCCCCUCAGGACCCUCGGAGCAAAGAGAUCUGGCGCACUACCGAGGACGGCUUAACCCAGAGGUGGUCGAAGAUGCCAAGCUAUAUCGAGCCGUAUCCGCUCGGAGGGCCCAGGACUUGGCGCGACUUGUUCCCCAAGGCGUUUUGGGCACGUCGCGCAUCAAAAGAUUCGGCCAUGGGCACAUCUCCAUAUGUCUUUGCCCACGACCGUGACAUUGUUAAACUGAUGAGGCUAAGGGUUCGGCCUCUCCAGGUUUUCAAACAGCUUGGGCGAAAAACGAAGAACUAUGGGCUGACCGUGCCCCAGGAUUCAGAAAAUAUGGGGCGACCAGGGCUCGACGCUUACACUUCGGCGCAAGUUCAAAAAGAAAUGGCACCGAGGGCCUACGACAAAGAAGUCAAAACGAGAAAAAAGAGGUGGAAGUAG